AUGCCCUCAUCCUCUUUGGUCAGCGGCGCGCGGACGACCGCGUCUCGACCUCCCCGUCAAAUCCAAUACUCCCUCCAAUCCCUACCCCUCGAGAUCCUCGACCUCGUUAUCUAUCAUCUGGACCGUCCCGCAGCGAUCGCGCUCGCUCGGGUCAGUCCCGCAUUUACCGCGCCGGCGCAAGCUAGGAUAUGGCGUCAAGUCAACCUGUCGGUCAAUCCACACUAUGGGAAGGAGCCCAGAGUCUGUCCUCAUGAGGAGGAAAGUCGGGGUCACAGAGAUUGGAUGGCCAAUAUGCUGUACAGGGCGUCGUGUCAGCACGACGAGGCGAUGGCGGCAAGAGUGAAGACGGUGAUGCUGAGGGCGGACGAGAGACGUCUCGGGACGAUCGAACAUAUCAAGCUCGUCUCGCGACCCACCUCGGUCCAUGCGGUACUCCAGUUCCUGAAUUACGCCUCGCCCAAUCUUCGGUCACUCGAGAUCGGAUCAUACUAUCCGGUCGUAGGCGACUGGGACGAUGAGACGCUCGACCUCAAUUGGCUUAUCCGCGAGCUAUCCUUCCCCCUCUUGACCCACCUCCGCAUCGGAAACGACUCACUGCGUUUCGCCCAGACCCUCGCGGAAAUCACUCGCACGGCACCGCAGCUCGUAUCACUCGAUGUGGACUUGCAGCACUGGCUCAAAUCGCCCUGGUUGUUUGCCGAGCCCGGCCCGCUGCGACACUUUCCCCGGCAGGAGCGGACCCGGAUCCGCAAGCUUCGUUUGAAGUUUGGAGACGCGCCGGGCGCCGCGUCGAACAAUACGGAGAAAAAUAUUGAACCCGCUCUGGCGCUCCUGGAGCAUUGUCCGGACCUAGAGCGUCUGACCAUACAAUACGACGGGUCGCUCAGGUCGGCCGUCGAUCGGGUUACCGACGUUAUCGACAAGCACAAGACGCUCCAGCGUCUGUUUUGGCCUUUCAGCCUCAGAUCGAUGGAGGCGUAUGUGGGAAGUAGGGAGUCCGCGUCUGGGCUCACUGUCAUUGUGAUAUAUACCUGCGACUGGAGCGACAUGCUUGAGCGCAUCCCUUCACCGGCCCAUCUUGAAUCGAUGGUCCUCCUUGAACCCUACACCAAGCGACCACCUAUCUCCUCCAUCCAGCCUACUAUCGCUCAAGCGAUGCUUCCCUCCCUAUCCAAUGCCAUGCGCCGGUCUCGCCAACUCAGGACCAUUCAGACCGUCCAUACCCUAGAAAAUGACGUCGAUAAAGGCGAGAUCGACGUUUUUGACCGGCUCGAAGCAAUGGACACCUCCCACACCUAUACCGCUUACUUUACAUCCCUCCGCCAUCCCUCCAGCUCGCAUGAGCUCUUCUACGCUCGUAUCCUUCUAUCUCAUACGGAGAUCUCGGACACACCCGUCCCGCACCAGACGAUCCUCACCGCGGCGAUUCCGCCCAAUCCUCUGGCGAUCCGGUACAAGGCGAACGACGGGACGUUGAGGGAGAAGGUGUAUAGGAAGGAGGAUGAGGCGAGGUGGCAGAUCUUUACGGACUUCCAGGGAGAGAAGGUGCCGCUGGAGGUGCUUGAGGAAAUGCGGGGGGUGGAGGAGACGGAAGGGGAGUGGGAAGGGAGGGGCAUCGAAGUUGGGGAUGAGGCUUGGAAGUCUAAGCAUCUUCAGCCCCUCGUCCCAUCGAUCUAG